CCUUAUUUUUCCUCUUGUUUCAGUGACACAGGAACAAAACCUCCAGAGAGUGGCAUCUUUGGAUUUAUGAUUAACAUUUCAGCACUUUUAGGUGCAGUUACAAUGUACAUCAGAUAUUUAAUAGUAGAGAAGCAAAAAGAGUCAUCAGAUUUUGUUGGUUCUUUAUUUAACUUAAUUACAUUAUGCAUUGGACUGCUAGGCUGUAUUGGAAUGGGCAUUGUUGCAACUUUUCAGGAGCUAGCUGUUCCCAGCGUCCAUGAUGGAGGAGCUCUUAUGGCUUUUGGUGCUGGUGUGGUAUAUAUUACACUUCAGUCUAUCAUCUCUUACAAAUCAUAUCCACAAUGGAGCAGCUGCUGUAUAUGUUAUAUACGGAUAAGCAUCUCUGUAGUGUCAUGCAUAGCUGUCAUUCCCAUGAUUAUAUUUGCUUCACGAAUUUCUAUAACAAAAAUUGAUUGGAUUCCAGGUGAAAAGGGGUAUGUUUAUCAUUUUGUGAGUGCAAUCUGUGAAUGGACAGUGGCUUUCAGCUUUGUCUUCUACUUCUUAACCUUCAUUAGAGAUUUUCAGCGAGUUACUUUACGGAUAUCAACAGAAAUGCAUGAAGACUUCUGAUAGGAGAGACAUUAUAGGUUUUUUUUCAAUGAACAUUAUAGAGUUUUUUUCUUAUUGAAGAAAAUGAUGCAGAGAAACAGGGCUUUUCAGUGCUGACAUGAAAACCACUGCAAUCAACUUUGCAAUCUAUAUUAUCAUAUCUACAAAACCUUUUUUUUUUAAAUGAAGAAUAUUUUUAAGUUUCCUUUUCCCCUAUGAGGGUUCUCUUUAGUCUGUGUCCUUGCAAUAUUUUGUAUUUUUAUACUGUUUGAUAAUUAAAAAGAAUACUGUACCAAAAGGUGACCUGCAAUUUCAAAGUCUUUCAUACAUGUAGAGGCUCCUCAACUCUUCUUUUUUGGACACAUUCUUGUUUUCCAUUUGUAAUCAUCUUAUCCAUAAUGAUAAUCUUGAACUGAAAGGAAAAACGUGAUUUGCAUGUUACGAGCAGACAGAUGCAUUUUUCAAAGGCCUAUAGAUUUGUUACAGUAUUCCAUGAUUUAUAAUCCGCAUUCAGGAUAAUGGGAUAAGUAUCUUAUAUUGAAAGUUUGAACUGUUUAUAUUGCCUGAAAAAUAUUUCUGCUCAUCAGCUUAAGUUAUUUUGUAAGACUAUGAGAAGGUUAACACCUCCUUUCAGUGGUGGCUAUGAGAAACAUAAUACUGAAUAAUGAAGCAGGAAGGAAAGUAUAGUACAAUAUUAGUUUUCUGAAAGAUCUAUUAGGAAAACUGGAAGGUUUAGCAUAUUACAGCCAACUUUGUAGCAGGGCAAAAUUAUUCCAAUGUAUAUGUAUUAGUAUAUGCACUAGUGACAGUAGAAGGAAGAGAGCUUAUUCUACAGUCAUAAAGAAGUAAGGGAGUGGGAGAAGGAAAGCACUAAUGCAUUAGCAGGUUUAAUUUAUGUAAAGGAACUGAUGGUCAUUACUGAGGGGCUUUUGAGGUUGAAAUAUGCCAUGUUUGCUGCUAACAUUUUUGCCAUUAACAUUUUUAAUUUUUUUUAAAGAGUUCUUUGUGAAUUGAAAAAUCUGCAAUGGGUUCAUUAUACUGAUCAAAGAUCAUAUUGUAUUACAACCAACCAGAUUCUUGUGUUUUCUGGUAGCUGAAACCAGCAAUAUUCUCUAUGGACUAUAGAAAAAAGGGAGCAUUUAUACUUGUUCACCAGCCUCUUAUCGUGCACUAAUCACAGUGCUAUUAGUCAAAAAUCAGAAUUGUCAUGACAACAAUCAUUUGUAGAAAUGUUGAUAAUUGGCAAGUAUAGAUUCAUUUUCUAUCAGAUGUCUGGUCAGUUAUCAGUUAAGAGUGAUGUUUAAGACUUGUUAGCUGCUAUGUGUCCUUUAAUUAGUAUAUUAAACCUAAUACCCUAUCA